CUUAAGGCCCCAGUACACAAUGGCCCAGCGUCGGCCAGUCUAAGGGACGCAUUUAUGCGUUAGAGGGAGCAAGUGAUAUUGCUAUCUCAAUCCACCGCAUAGCUGCGUCACUUAGACUGGCCUACGCUGGACCAUUGUGUAGAGGAGCCUUUAAAGUUCUUAUUUUGACAAAAAAAUAGGCCCCUUAAUAAAAAGACUUCCCGGGAACCGGGAAAUAAAAUUUGUAAAUUGGCAACACUCAACUGAUAGUAUCCUUUCCUAUCGUUAUUUUUUUCUCUCCAAUCUCUUCCGGAACAUAUUCAACGCUUGCGCCGCUUACCGUUUAUCUGUUUAUGGAUAUCACGAUUAUCACGAUAGUAGUUUAUUAUUAUUUGUGUGUGAUCUGCUGCUGUACGUGGCCACAGGGGACUCGAGUGCAUUACAAGAGAUAAUGGAAGAAACGAGCGUGUUACUUCAUUCGUGGGGCAUGCCACCCGAAGUGGUGAAAAGUUUUCUUGAUAAUGAUCUUUCAAUCGAAAAAUUUAAAGACUUGACUGAUGCAUAUCUCAAAGAACUGUGUCCUCAUAUUGGACAAAGAAUAACAUUAAAGACCCACAUCCACGAGUUGCUGGAUUCUUUUGCUGAAACAGAAACAACAGAUACUACUAUGGACAUGAAUAAGGAUGCUAAUUCUCCCAAGAGUAACUUAGGAUUAGACGACUCAAAUUUAAGUCUUUCAUUACUCAAUGACAUCACUAAUAUUUUUGAAGAUACAAAUAGACCCCCGCUGCCUGAGUUUGAUAUGCACACAUUGUUGCAAACAUCGGCCCAUGGCAAUAGCGUGCUUAAUUAUUAUAAGUCAUUCAAGAUACUCAAUGCAAAGAAGCGCAAUAUACUGGUGGACAUUAUCAUCAAACACAUAUAUACAUAUAUUGUCAACAAGUAAAUACAAAUUUUAAUUAGUUUGUAUGUAGUGCUUUGUAGAUCAUUAAUCGCCAAGUAGUCAAAACUUUUGGUUUACUUUAGAGCAAACAAAAGAUUUUUAUAUUUCAACCUAAACUGGUGAAUAUUAUCAUCAAA